ACUAGAAAGAAAGGAACAAGCGGAACCAUCUCACCGGUCACCAAGUCAAUGCCUCUUGUUCCCAAAACAAGGCCCAAAAGUGCUGAAGUAAGUGAACCCACACACCCACACAUCAAAAACUCCUGACCAAACUUAUGUUAUAAUUUUUUUUGGCAGCAGCAAGUUUGUAACAGACAACAACAUCAUGGGUAUUCUUCUUUUGCUUCUAUGCGUCGUUGGCCUUAUGGGCAUCGUUGAGGGCGAGAGAUACAAUGUUGCAUUCGAAUACAAGUUAGCGGCGAACUACGAUUGCAGCAACCAGCAAGGCAACGUUCGAUCGUUCCUCACGGUGCCGGCACUGGAUGAGGGAGCAGGUAUUUGGAAUAACGGUGGCGGCCACUGGGUCGGCGGCAAUGGAAACAUGCGACGGCUGGGAGGAGGACCCGAGGUGUAUGAAUUGGAAGACGAGGCAAAGGCAGCUAAAGACGUGGUUCUGGAAAAGCUCCAAGACACUUCCACGAACGGCAUCUUCGAAGGAUGCCUCGAUCUUGUCGAACCAGACGUUCACGUCAGAAUCCAACAAGUCGGAGGUAAACCUACUAGGCAGCUCACAGGCGAUCAGGAAGAAAGACGGCUGAUUGAUUGCCGCGACGCACAACUCUUGUGCAGUUCCGAUAUGUUGUACUACUGUGACUUCACCUGCAAAUAAGGGGCACACCAACAAUUGAGCAAGGUCGUCACUGGGUAGCUCUCACGACCACUGUACAUUAGAUAGAUGCCUAAAACCUCUAGAGAAUGAUGCCAACU